AUGACGACCCGGAGAUUGCAAAUGAUGUUUUUUGUGGCUGUGGUUUUAAUCUGUCUUGCUUUGAAUGAUAUUCAAGCGAUGCGAAUAAAGCGAGAUGAUGCAGGACAAGAAGAUCACAGGAAUGAGACAGAUGUAAAUCACGACAAGCAUCAAGAACAUGGCCAUGAACAUCAAAACGAUUCCAAUCAUGAGCAUCACAAUUGUUCUGGAAGCCAUGAAAGUCAUAGCAAAGAACAUCAUGACGAGGAUCAUCAUCAUGAAAAGAAAAUACAUUAUUACUGUAAAUGCCAUAGUCAUCAUGACAAUGACACGGAGAGCCAUGAACAUGAACAUGAACAUACUCAUAAAAAUGACACAGAAAUUCAUGGAGAUAAUUAUCAUCAUCAUAAAGGUACUCAUGAACAUCUAGGUAAUCGUUCGGAUAGUAGUGAACAUAAUCACGAUUGUCAAUGCCACUGUCAGUGUCCGAAACAUAAAGGAAGCUAUGAUAAGGAGCAGGAAGAUAAGGAACACAAAAAGAAGGGAAGUGGUGAACACUGUCACUGUUUCUGUCAUCAUCAUGGAGAUGAGGAACAGAUGGAAUCAGAUCAGAAGGAACAACACGAUAAGGAUCAACAUGUCAACGAGGAUAGUAAGGAGCACAAAAUCAAAUUUCAAGCGAAACUUGAGAUUAUUGUCACCAAUCUUCCAAUGACAUUAUUUUGUUUUUCAGAAGAGUCCGAAGAAAAAGAACACAAGGAGGAAAAAGUAGCAGUAAUAGUAUGUACUGCAAAUUUUUACGCGGAGUUCAAGAAUGAUUUCCGUACAGACUUUUCAACGCCAAUGUCAAAAUCAUGGUCGGAAAGAGAAUACUAUCGAAGAUUUUAUAACUUAACAUCUGAUCCAUAUACGAUAGUACUUUUUGGUGAAAGCAUCGAUGGAAGUUCGAUGCUACGACCUGAUAAGUUUAUUGCCAUGGAACAAGAAGCAGAACGCGGAUUACGUAUGCAUUUGGUUGGUGACGGAUUUCAGAAUAAAACGCUCGGUUCUUAUGUAUACGUUUCUUCAAAACCGUUUUAUGAAGCUAUUUCGGAAGCAAUCAAAAUUCAAUCAAAUGAAAAUGCAGUGCUUGGUUAUCCAACGAUGAAUCUUUACGGUAUCAACUUCACAACCAGGAACGUCUUUCGGCGUUAUAGUAAUGGUUUUGUUGGCAUGCUGAUGUACUUCUUCAUAUUUGUCGAUCACGAGGAUGUUGUUUCAAGUAUAAAACGAACUGAAGUUGAAUGGAGCAAUAAGCUUAAGAAGUCAAGUGAAUCAGGUGUUCGUUUUCGAUUAUUUGGUGACGAAAUUGUAAACAGUGAAAUUUUUGUGGGUUCAGUUGGUUCAUUACCAUAUUUCUUUACCGGUUCAUUUGCAAUGGUCAUUUUUGUAUUUUUAUCAAUUCUCCAUUAUAAUCAGACAUUUUUACAAACGGUUUUUUUGACGCUAUGGACCACAUUUUGUCCAUGCCUGGCUGGCUUAACAUCGGUUGCUAUAUUUUCACUUCUAGGCCGCACACUGAAUUCAUCCAUGCUUAUUACACCAUUCUUGGUUUUGGCUGUUGGCGUAGAUGAUGCAUUUCUGGUACUACACAAAUGGUUCACAUCUGUUGAAUUAGAUCUUUCAUCUCGCUUAACUUCAGUACUUGUAGAAAUUGGUCCAUCUGUGACUCUUACUUCAGUUACAAACAUCUGCGCUUUUAUGGUUGGCAGUUUUCUUUCACCGAAUGCAAUUCGUGAAUUUUGCUACUGUUCUGCUUUGGCACUCACGCUUGAUUGGAUAUUCCAAAUUUUAGUAUUUACUCCUACACUAUUAAAAAUUCACUCUUAUUCAUUCAAUGUUUCAAGGAAAAGCAACAAAAGGCGCAAAUCACCUUUGAAAAGCUACUGUGAAUUUUUAAUGCAUCCUGUCACCAGGAUUAUUUUGCUGUGUAUUCUCAUUCCCUUUUGGAUCUGUAGUAUAUAUCUUGCGCUUCGAAUGGAAGAAAAUUUUACACCACAAAAAACAUUCCGAUCAGAUUCUUUUCUCACGGAUUCAUUGCCAACUCUUGAAAAUGCUUUUAUGGAGCAUGAACUCUUUCCUGUCUUUGUGAAACAAAUUCCAAACAGGACGACAGAAUUAUUAAAUAUUGUGACGCAAGUACAUAAUCUUGAUUGCUUGUGUCCAAAUUACAAAACUUGGAUUGAAGAAUAUGCUGCUCUAUAUGGUCAUACAAAUGGCACUACUGAGAAAUUUUUUGAAAAUAUUAUGAAAUAUCUAGAUUAUAAUCCUGAACUGGCAAAGAAUUUAGUUUUGCGAUUUGAUAGCAGUGGAAUUGCCACAGUUGACAAAUUAUCCUUCGACUUGUGCAUCCAUGGAUACGGUAAUUGGCGUGAUCGAGCUUUUAUUCAUGAACAGAUCCGGAAAAAGAUGCCUGAAGAAAUGAUGGUAUACGCUUACGACUGCACUCUAUUUGAUAUCAUAUUGACAGCUCGAGAAACGAUGCUUCAAUCAUGUGUUAUAACAUCCAUCUCUAUGCUUGUCCUUUGCUCACUUUUCAUUCCAAGCGCUCGAGCAACUGCUUUUGUCCUCCUCUCCAUGAUUUCAGUCACUACAGGGAUAGUGGGCGGUUUAAGUGCAUGGGGCGCUGAUAUGGAUAUUAUUGUAACUAUUAGCAUUGUGAUGGCAAUUGGCUUGACAAUUGAUUAUGCAGCACACAUAAAUUACCAUUAUUUUGUAACGAAUGCGAUGCUACCUCCUAUAGAUCGAAUGUCCUCUUCACUACAAGCUAUCACUUAUGCCACCGCUCAGAUGGCCCUUAUUGGUGAAUGCGUCCAGCCUGGCUGUUCGAUGCUUAAGGAUGAAUAUAUAACAGAAAUGAAAAAUGAAGCGAUCCGCGGUCUUCAGACCGUUCUUCCACCGCAUGAUUUCUAUAAUUCACAUUUUCAAUCCCUACAAAAGUUUUUAAUUUACUCAAGCGAAAUCCAUUUUUCAUUAUUAGAGAAGGGUGUUAAUCCAAAGGUGAAGCUGUACUUAUUGGGCGAUGAAUUGGUCAACUACGAAAUACAAAAGGCAGCCCUUUCAACCAUUUUCUAUUUUACCAUCGGAGCUUCACUGAUGAUAGCUGUUGUAUAUGUCAUCAUACGGCAAUAUGGACAGAAGCGAAAUGUGAAUAUAUUAUUAACAUUCAUGACAAUUUUUUGUCCAACGCUGGCUGGUACAGCCGUAUUUGGUUUGCUAUCGUUAAUGGAUCUGCACAUCAACAGCAUGAUGUUUGUUUCAUUUUAA